CUCUAUAGUCUCCCACAGAGCAAGAUAGUCAGUCACUUCAAUACCUAUUAUUCAGUUAAAUUUAGUAGUGUUUAGUGUACAGAAAGGAAAAAAAACAGGGGAACGAAACGGUGGUGUUAUAGUAUAAGUACAUAAUUAAGUUGUUGUUGUUAUUACUGUGUAGGAGCAAUUCACUACUUACUAUAGAACUUAGAAUGCUCGUCGUCAUCUUCGUUUCAUCUUGAAAUCUAGCAACUGCAGCUAACAAAAUGUCUGCUGAAUCUGAUAUGGAAUAUUCGGACAAUGACGGAGACGACUAUGACUAUUAUGGAGGACAAGAUGACUGUGACAUGGAAACUGUGGAUCGUAGUAAAUCAGACCCUGAGUACUUUUUAUAUACCUGCUUAAAGGUUGAAGAAGUAGAGAAACUGUUGAAUGAAUCGAUAGAACUGCUCAGCAAUAGCCUUCAAAUCACGCCUUCGCUAGCCAAGGUAACACUUCACGCGUAUGAAUGGAAUGCUCAAGAGAUUAUAAAUAAGUAUAAGGAGAAUGCUAAUGAGGUAUUGGUCUACAGUCGCGUAAAGUCGCGUGUGCCGUCGACGCAAGCUGGAUCCAGUCGUACCAGCUGUGCUGUGUGUGCCAGCACUCCACCAUUACAGAAGUAUAGUGCUCUUGCAUGUGGCCAUUACUUUUGCAAUGACUGCUGGGCAAUGCAUUUUGAAGUACAAAUUAUGCAAGGUGUGUCAAAUACUAUCCAGUGUAUGGCACAAGACUGUGAAGUAAGAGCACCAGAAGACUUUGUUCUAUCACAUGUAACAAAACCUACUUUGCGUGAGAGAUAUCAGCAAUUCAUGUUCAAGGAUCAUGUGAAGUCACACCCAGAACUUAGAUUUUGUCCUGGUCCUAAUUGUCAGUGGAUAUUUCGGGCUUGGAUUCGAGAAGGCGCGCGUCGUGUAGAAUGCCAGGGAUGUGAGCUUCUCACAUGCUUUACAUGUGGAGCUCCUCAUCACGCGCCGACUGACUGCUCUACCAUACGGCGCUGGCUCACCAAAUGCGCUGAUGACUCUGAGACGGCCAAUUAUAUAAGUGCCCAUACUAAGGAUUGUCCAAAAUGCCAGAUUUGCAUAGAAAAAAAUGGUGGCUGUAAUCAUAUGCAAUGUGGUGCUUGUAGACACGACUUUUGUUGGGUUUGCCUCGGCGAUUGGAAAGCUCAUGGCUCUGAAUAUUACGAAUGUAGUCGUUAUAAAGAGGAUCCUAAUCUGACCAAUGACAGUCAACAUGCUCAAGCAAGAGAAGCUUUAAAAAAAUAUUUGCAUUAUUAUGAAAGAUGGGAAAAUCAUGCUCGAUCUCUAAAAUUGGAAGAACAAACUUUAGCAAAUUUGAAAAGUCGUAUUAACCAAAAGGUGAUGGCCGGCGAAGGUACCUGGAUAGACUGGCAAUACCUCUGGGACGCGGCAAAGUUAUUGAAGCGAUGCCGAUAUACUCUUCAGUACACUUAUCCUUAUGCUUAUUAUAUGGAAGUUGGGCCUCGGAAGGAGUUAUUUGAGUACCAACAAGCGCAGUUAGAAGCUGAAAUUGAAAACUUGUCAUGGAAGGUCGAGAGAGCUGAAACAACCGACAGAGGUGACUUAGAGAAUCAAAUGGAUAUUGCAGAAAAAAGGCGGACUACGUUACUCAAAGAUUUUCUUGAAUUCCAUACCACUAACGCCUCAAGCAGUAAAGUAUAAUAUGAAUAGUAUCACAAACCACAGAAUAUGUCUUAGAAUUUUAAUUAUGUGGACACAUUGUAUAAUAUUUGUGAACGCUAGAAUCUUUUUGUUCUGCCAAAGUAUAUUUAUUAACAUGACUUUGCAAUAAAAUUAGUAAAUAAUAAA